ACCGGCUGGGGCUGGUUUUCCCCGCGCAAGCGCAGCCUGUUACGGUUAGAGUAGCAGAGGGGGCAAUGGCGGCGGGAGGGAGUCCUGCUGCGGCCCUGACUGCGAUGGUGCAGGUCGAGGAGCCGCGCGGGGAGGUCCAGGGCGCGCCCGGGCCGAGCCCCGGGCCUGCCGCCGCCGCCGCCGCCCCCAGCGAGGUACCCCCCACCAGGCCAGACCCAGCAAGCCCAGACACGGAUCUCGAGAGCGGCGCCGUAGCGGCGGGCAGCAGAGGGGCGCGGCGGUUCCUUUGUGGCGUCGUGGAAGGAUUUUAUGGAAGGCCUUGGGUUAUGGAACAGAGGAAGGAGCUUUUUAGACGACUGCAGAAAUGGGGAUUAAAUACAUACCUCUAUGCUCCAAAAGACGAUUACAAGCACAGGAUGUUUUGGCGAGAAAUGUACUCUGUGGAGGAAGCUGAGCAGCUCAUGACUCUGAUAGCAGCUGCUCAAGAGUAUGGGAUAGAGUUUAUCUAUGCUAUAUCUCCUGGACUUGAUAUCACCUUCUCAAACCCCAAAGAAGUAUCCACACUGAAACGCAAGCUGGAUCAGGUUUCUCAGUUCGGUUGCAGGUCUUUUGCACUGUUGUUUGAUGAUAUUGAUCACAAUAUGUGUGCAGCAGACAAAGAAGUAUUCAGCUCUUUUGCCCAUGCCCAAAUUUCAAUCACUAAUGAAAUCUAUCAGUAUCUAGGAGAGCCACAAACAUUCCUUUUCUGUCCCACAGAAUAUUGUGGUACUUUCUGCUAUCCCAAUGUUGCUCAGUCUCCUUAUUUACGAACAGUAGGAGAAAAGCUGUUACCUGGGAUCGAUGUAUUAUGGACAGGUCCCAAAGUGGUAUCUAAAGACAUUCCAGUAGAGUCCAUUGAAGAGGUUUCAAAAAUAAUUCGCAGAGCUCCAGUGAUCUGGGACAACAUUCAUGCUAAUGAUUAUGAUCAGAAAAGACUGUUUCUUGGACCAUAUAAAGGUCGAUCAACAGAACUCAUCCCACGUUUAAAGGGUGUCCUGACUAAUCCCAACUGUGAAUUUGAAGCCAACUUUGUUGCUAUUCAUACCCUCGCAACCUGGUAUAAAUCCAACAUGAAUGGAGUGAGGAAAGAUGUUGUGAUGACUGACACUGAAGACAGUACUGUUUCAAUCCAGAUUAAACUGGAGAAUGAAGGGAGUGAUGAAGAUAUUGAAACAGAUGUUCUCUAUAGCCCACAGAUGGCCUUGAAGUUGUCAUUAACAGAGUGGCUGCAAGAAUUUGCAGUACCUCAUCAAUACAGCAGUAGGCAAGUGGCCCACAGUGGAGCUAAAACAAGUGUGGUAGAUGUUCCACUGGUUGCACCAUCCUCUUUAAAUUCUACCACCGUGGUUACUACAGUGUACCAAGAGCCCAUAAUGAGCCAAGGAGCUGCGCUGAGCAGUGAGCCCCCAACUCUGGUCAAAGAGGAAGAGGAGAAGAAGCAGUUGGAUGAUGAGCCAAUGGAUAUGGUGGUAGAAAAGCAAGAAGAUGCAGACAAAAACAUCAAUCAAAUAUUGACUGAUAUUGCUGAAGCAAAAAUGUCAGAGGAAUUAAAACCAAUGGAUACUGAUAAGGAAAGCAUAGCUGAAUCAAAAUCUCCAGAGAUGUCCAUGCAGGAUGAUUGUGGCAGUGAUAUUGCACCUAUGCAGACAGAUGAGCAGACCAACAAGGAGCAGUUUGUUCCUGGUCCCCAUGAGAAGCCUUUGUAUGCAGUAGAGCCAGUGACUUUAGAAGAUCUACAGUUACUUGCUGACCUCUUCUACCUCCCAUAUGAACAUGGGCCCAAAGGGGCACAAAUGCUACGAGAGUUCCAGUGGCUCAGAGCAAAUAGCAGUGUUGUCAGUGUAAAUUGUAAAGGAAAGGACUCAGAAAAGAUUGAAGAAUGGCGUGCUCGAGCCACCAAGUUUGAAGAGAUGUGUAACUUGGUGAUGGGCAUGUUCACUCGCCUUUCCAACUGUGCCAACAGGACAAUCCUCUAUGAUAUGUACUCGUAUGUCUGGGACAUCAAGAGCAUCAUGUCAAUGGUGAAAUCUUUUGUGCAGUGGCUAGGGUGUCGUAGUCAAUCUUCAGCACAGUUCUUAAGUGGAGACCAAGAACCCUGGGCCUUUAGAGGUGGUCUAGCAGGAGAGUUCCAGCGUUUGCUGCCUAUUGAAGGAGCAAAUGACCUCUUUUUUCAGCCACCUCCUCUGACUCCUACUUCCAAAGUAUACACCAUCAGACCAUAUUAUUCUAAAGAUGAGGCAUCGGUUUACAAGAUCUGCAGAGAAAUGUAUGACGAUGGAACUGAUGAGCCUUUCCAUAGUCAGCCAGACCUAAUUGGAGACAAGUUGGUAGGUGGUUUGCUGUCCCUCAGCCCAGAUUACUGCUUUGUCCUGGAGGAUGAAAGCGGCAUCUGUGGCUAUGCACUGGGAACUGUCGAUGUAACUCCUUUCAUUAAGAAGUGCAAAAUGGCCUGGAUUCCUUUCAUGCAGGAAAAAUAUAGCAAGCCAAGCAGUGACAAGGAACUAUCUGAGGCAGAGAAAAUUAUGUUGAGCUUCCAUGAGGAGCAAGAUGUGCUUCCAGAAACAUUCCUUGCCAACUUCCCAUCAUUGAUAAAGAUUGACAUCCAUAAAAAGGUGACUGAUCCAAGUGUAGCAAAAAGCAUGAUGGCCUGCCUACUGUCUUCCCUCAAGGCAAAUGGCUCUCGUGGGGCUUUCUGUGAGGUGAGACCAGAUGAUAAAAGAAUUCUGGAAUUUUACAGCAAGCUUGGAUGCUUUGAAAUAGCGAAGAUGGAAGGAUUUCCUAAGGAUGCCAUUAUCCUUGGAAGAAGUUUGUAAGGAGCUUGGUCAAUGAGUAUUUGAUACUUUAGAUCCCUAACUGCUGGAGAGUGGUGAGCCGAGUUUUACCUUAUUGUCUGUCCAUACAAAGGCAGCAGUCAGCUGGCCUGACGGCUUUGUGAAAAUUCACCCAUCACCUCCAAGAUGCUGCUGAAAAUACUGUUUGGCGAACAGAUACUGGUCAUCCUCAUUUCCUGGUCUUAAGCAGAGUGCCAAGGAAUACUGCAUAUGAUGUUGCCUUGGGGAAGAGACCCACAAAUUCCUUAAAGUACUGGUGGCAGUUCCAUGC